AAUGACUCAACACAAGGACAGACGAUCCUCUAAAUCUCGACACAGUGUAUGGACUACAGUGUUUUUCCACUCUGUUAUCAUUCUUCAACUGACACAGAUCAAUGCAGGUGAAUCUCUGACAAACAGUCACUAUCGAAUGUUGGCAGUAAUUGGUCAGACUCAAGACAUCGUCCUACCAUGCAAAUUGGAUCAUCCUAUGGAUGUCGUGGAUGGGAUGGUGGAGUGGUCAAGAUCUGACCUGAAUCCCAGAUUUGUCCAUGUGUGGCGGUCAGGUGAAGAUCAUCUGGUUGGCCAAAACCCAUCCUACAAGAACAGAACGUCAGUGUCCACUGAGAAACUGAAAACAGGAGAUGUAUCACUGAAAAUUACCAAAGUGAGACUGUCAGAUGAAGGAACAUACAGGUGCUUCACUCCAGGACUGAAUGCAGAUUUUAGUGUUGAACUUGUUGUCGAAGCUGAUAUUGAAAUAACUGAGGUCAGCCCUGGAGUGUUAGAAUGUAAAUCCAAAGGCUGGUAUCCAGAGCCGGAGGUGUUUUGGCUGGAGAGCGAGGGAAAGAUCAUCCCUGCUGGGUCUAAAGAGAUAUUGAGAGGUCCUGAUGACCUCUAUGUCCUCAGCAGCAGACUGACUCUGGAAAAAGGACACAGCAACAAUAUCACCUGUAGAAUCCAACAAAACAACCAAUACAGAGAAGCCAAGAUCCAUGCUCCAGAUGCUUUAUCAGCUAGAUCUACCAUUGCUGGUUUGAUUGCUGGAGUUGUGUUUAUUAUUUUUGUCGCUUUUCUUGUUUGGAAAUGGAGAAAAUACAAUAUGGAGACCAAAAAGUGCUCUAACGAUGGAGAAUCACAGCGUAGAAGCAUGAAUAAAACACACCCGUCAGUUAUAGAAUCAGAUAAAGCACCUCUGUUGAAGCAAGAUAAGGUAGAAGUGAAUGACACUGCACAUGUCAGUACAGAACCUGAAUCUUCGUGUCAAAACGAGGGGGAAAAGGAGUAUGAUAUUGCCAACAAAAAUAUUCCUCAGACAAGAAAAAGUGGCACACAAAAAAAUAAUAACCAACCAGGAAGAGAGACAGCAAAUGAUCUAUACAGAAAUGAUGAGGCCCAAUCAGGUAAUGGGAGACAAGCACAACCUGAGCAAUUUGAGAAUAACACCGAGAGCAGAAAGGAUGAAAUCCCAAAUCAGAGUCUGAUGGAUGACAGUGGACAAGAACAUCAGCCUAAACAAGGACAAGAAGCAAAGAAUGAUACCAGCACUGAGGAAAACAAAAAUAAAACACAAACUAUAAAUGAUGAAACAGCACCUCAGAGUGCAAGUGCAGAAGAAGGGAAACAAAGUACUCAUUCUGAGGGCAAAGAAAUGAAAUGCCAACACAGCAAUAGCGGUGUGAAUGUUUAUAUAAAUGGUGAGAAAAAUACUCCCACAUCACAAGAAAGUGGGACAAACCAAAAUCAGAGUGGUAGUGAUGUUGCUGCAAACGCAUCAGAAACACCCGCAAAGAAGCCUGAUUCUGAGGAAAGCCAGUUAGAAAAACCAACUAUAAUGAGUGAAGGUCAAAAAGAAGAAGCUGGAGGGAAAAUCAUCAGUCCAGCGUUUAAUAACAAACAUGGGAAUAGAUAUAAUGAAACGCAAGAUCUACCUGAUGAAAACAAAACUCUGCCUUCACAUUCAGGAGCAAAUGAAACAAACCAAGACCAGUUAGAUAGUAAUACUCAGGAAAAGCAGUCAGGAAAUAAUCCAACAACAGAUCAGAUUUUAACAGGUGUUGAUCAUCAACAACAACAACAGCCCAGAGAAGGACAAGAAACAAAAAGGGAUUCAGAAAAACAUGUGAAGGAUGGAAAUGGAGAUGAAACACAAACUACAAAUAAUAAAACAGCAGAUUCAAAUAACAAAGACACAAGUCAAAAUGAUCCAUCAGAGGGAAAAGAGCCAAAGGAUGACAAGGAGAAAGUUUGCAAGUCAAAAAACAAAGCUCAGCCUUUGGAUCCAGAAGUCAUUACAACAAACCAAGAGCAGUCAGGCAGUGAACCACAGCUUAAUACUGAGGAAAAACAGUCAGGAAAUACUCAAACAACAGAUGAGAGUCCAAUAGAAGGAGGUCAACAAGAAGAACAGUUGAGGAAAUCAAGUGAUGCAAAAAGUGUUCCAGAGGACGAGAAAAAGGAUUCGAAUGGAGAUGAAACACAAACUACAAAUAAUAAAACAGCAGAUUCAGCUGACAAAGACAUAAGUCAGGGAGGAAACCCAAAGGAAAACACAGAGAAAGAUAGCAACUCGAAAGCCGGUGCUCAGCCUUCAGAUCCAGAAGUCAGUACAACAAACCAAAAGAAGCCUGGCAAAGGUCUCACCUCAGUGGAAAAAAAUCAGUCAGUAAAAAGUACAACAGAAGAUCAGAGUGAACAACAAGAACUGUCCACAGAAGAAGAAGAAUUAGAAAAUGAUGCAGAAGAAGCUCAAGACACAGAAGUUGACUGAGGACGAAGACUCAUACAAGAAAACCUCACCUUGAGCAAGAGGAGGAACAAACUAAAAGGAGUCGACUUUAAAUAUGGCAAAAGGAUGUGCAGACAUGGAAAGUCAAUCUACACCCAAUUUAACAGCAGUAUAAAGGACAGAGGUUGAUAACAUCUGCUAGUGGAGUGGAUGAAAGAUAAAAUACUGACCAGGUGGAAAAUGUGGAGCAACUGGAGGCAGACAAGAGUCCACCUGCCAAAAAGAAGAAAGAAAAAGAAAACCAGUAGAAAGGGGACAAGACUAAAAUGGAGAUGUUUU